UUUCGCUUCGUUUCUCUUCUUUUGCCUUAGGCAAGUGGCCUGGGGCCUGCCAAGCAGCGCCGGGUUCCGGCAGGGGCCGGCGACCGCGGGGAACUUUCCUCUGCCGCGCCAGAGACAAUGCCGGGAGGGCGCCCCAUUCGCGGGGUUCGGGCCGCCAAGCGCGUCGUCCCGGGCCCUCCCCGAGAGCCGGACGCGAAGCCCCCCCAAGGCGGGCCCCAUCCCCGGCCCCACUGCAGGGGCCCCCUCUCCAGAGCUGGAGGCGCGGAGACACCCCCCACCGGGCGGCCUCGUCCGGCCCCGCAGAGCCCGGCCGCGCGUCCCGCACACGCCCCAGCCCAGGGCCGGCGCCCUCGCCGCGGAGAAGGACACCCCGCUGCGAGAGGAGCCGAGAGCCCGCCCGGCGCCCCGUCCCUGCACCCCUCUUCGCGCGAGCAUUUCAGAAACUGCUCUCUGCAGAGGAAAUGGUUCGUGGCUGUGGCAGACCCCCUUCUGUUGAAAUCUGAAACGGAAAACCUCACGAAAUUUGGGAUUUUGCUCUUAAUCUGAGAGUCCAGAUUCCUUUGAAACCCAAUCAGACUUUGAAGAGGGAACAUGCUCGUGAGCAAAAACAGAAGCCUGAAAUGAACCUGCUGGGAACUGAAAGUUGGGUACCAGCUCGUUUACUCCAAGUAAGGAACAGAUACCAGUUUUAGACCCAGCAUUGUUCCUUUUCUGCAAUUCUCUCUCCGUGGCCAGAAGCAGUAGGACAAGCUCUGAGGUGGACACCAGGAGUCCCAAGGUCCUGCUCCAGGCCCUUUGCAGCUGCCGUCCGCUCUGCCUGGUAGAACCCUUGUAUGACUGUUCUUGGCACACAGCUCACAGCCCAGAAGUCAGCUCCACAGAGAGGCUUUCCCCAACCAUGUGAUCUACUUGUCUCUGGCACCUACACCCCACCUCCACCUCUCCCAAAUAUAGCGCAUCCUGUUUGAUUGCUUCAUAGCCCUUGUCACUGUUUAAUGUAGCCUACGUGAUUGGUUGCUUAUUUUUUAUCUGCCCCCCACUCUCCCCACUGCAUGGGUAAACUGCAUUACAGCAGUACCUUGGCCUGUUUCCUUAGAACAGUGCUGGCCCAUUUGAGACCAUCAAUAAAUACAUGUUGAAUAAAUGAAAGAAGCAAA